UUUGUUUUGAGAUUUUAAAAAUGUUUCAAGUGGUAAAAAUGUUGAUGUCAAUUUCUUCUAUCGUGUGUAUGUAUUUGCAGACAUGAUGCUUUUAUUUUGCUUACAAACCAUUGCUUACAUUUUGAUGACGAAGGCUGCCAACAGUAUUGAAGCAGGACCUGCAGACAGUUGGUUCCAUGGAUGUGUUGGUAACCUUGACCAUGAACUCUUGUCCUGGGUUACAGACGGGUCACAGCUGGAUGUGGCAGCAUGCUCAAACACCUGUAUGGAUAAUGGGUUCAGAUGGUCGUUGGUAGGACAGACAGAUGGCAGGCAGGACCUGCAGUGCUCUUGUACCAACAUUACAGCCGCACAGUAUCUGCUCCACAACACAGCAUCCUGCAUUUUGAGGUCUGGUUUACCAGUUGGUGAAAUAAGUAAUGGAUCCACUCCACAUAGUUGGGCGGUCUACAGAAGUGAUGGCCCCUUUCUCUCCUCUGUCACCAUAGCAACAGAUGUUCCCUUGGUUGUUAUUGACAAGCUGGUUGCGAUAGAGAUACAUAUUACCAGGCCAACAGCUAGAAGUGUUUCGAAAGACGACAGCAAUUCGAGUCACAUGGUGAUGGUGACCUGGCAGGUUUCUGGGGAUAUCAAAAGUUACCAUGAGAACAUCAGCAUCAUGGGGUAUACAGAGGUGCUGAUCAGACCCCGGUUCACGUUCUCCACAGUGGGGCAUUACACAAUAGAUGUGAAUGUUACCAACGGGAUUUCAGCAUUGUCUACAUCCAUUGACCUUGAAGUAGAGUAUCCAUUCCCCCGUGACCUUCAGAUUGGCAUCCCUGGUGACCCAAAUGACCGUGACCUUCCCUCCUGCAUUCCCGACAACGUCAUCUCAUCACAGGGUCAAAGUCAGGUGCUGGCAGUAUUUGCGGGGUCAUCGGUGGAGUUUGAAGCAUCUGUUGCCAUGGGAGAUAACCUGACUUUCACCUUUGACCUUGGUGGGGAGACAAGAUUGACCUCCCCUAGUGGUGGAUGUUUCAGUGUUAAGGAGGAGUACAUGUUUCCAAAUGCUGGGACGUACCUGAUUGGUGUGCAAGUCGUCAAUACAUAUGGGUCUCUGGAGUCAAAUCUCACAGUGGUGGUCAUUGAGAAAAUACUUAGCAAUAUCACCUUUGACCUUGACCCAGAAUCGUCAACAAUGGCGACCAUGGCAAGCCCAGUGGUGUUUACUGUCUCCAUGGUAACUACGUCACGUUCAGGCAGGUGGUUGAAGGUCUGGUACGGAGACGGCCAUGACAACAUCGUGUCUCUAGCAGACACUGACUCCCCACAACUUGUGCUGCUUGGAAACGGUAAUAAGAUGGACAUUGUAGCGAGUUAUGGGCAGGGAUGUACUCUCACUGUGGAGUUUAUGUACAUUUACCAGAUGGAGGGUAAGUACAGACCAAGGGUGGCAGUGUUUGAUGAUGCUAGUGUAGAAACUAUGGACUUAAAUGAUGGAAUUGAAAACCUAGCAAUGAACUUAAAUCUUACUGAUUCAACUCAGAAGACUGAUAUAAUAAGAAUUUUUACUAAUAUGAAAUUUGACCAGAAUGUUGAUAUUAUAAACACUUCAGAUGACAUGAGAAUUAAAAGAUCUGCACGUGGCAUUAUUGAAAUGGUAGAAGCAGAGUUAGCUAGUGAUCUAAAUGUCUUAUCAGAGGUGAAUAAUGUAAAGCUUCUGGGACCUAAAGUGGCUAAAUGUGGUGAAGAUGUAAUGUUUCAGCUGAAUGUAGUGUCUAAACUCAACCUCACAGUGCAUUGGCUGGUUGUCAAAAUAAACUCUGAAGAUUUAGAUUCAGAUGAUCCUAUAACUGUUGAAGAACUUAAUGAGACCUGUAAAACACCUGAGGGUGAAGUUGUACUUACUGAGAGUGAUGAAAAGCAGAUAAAUGAUGUGGAAAUAAUAGAAGAUUUCACAUCAAUGGAAACUGUCUUUUUCUACAAAUUUGACCAAUCUGGUGCAUAUGUUGUAACAGUUAGGGUAAAAAAUCCAGUCAGUGAAUCUAAAACAAGUGCUAAUUUUGAUGUUCAAUGUCCUGUUGAAGGCCUCAGAAUAAAUUGCCCGGAAGUUGUAGAAACAUAUGCUGAGGUGGUCUGUAAUGCUGAUGUUACUCAAGGUUCUGAUGUAACAUUUACUUGGUUCGUUGAAGGUCAAAUUGCCUUUCAAGGUCAACAGAACCAUGGAUCAGUGUUUCAGUACAUAUUCCCAUACGCCUAUACUUACUAUAUAAGCGUGAAAGCUUAUAACAACGUGAGUGCAGAUACUAAAGACAUUGAUGUUCUUGUUCAAGAACGUAUCAGUGCACAGUGGGUUCACAUAUUAAAGGCCCCACAUACAAUGCUGGGCAACAGGACAGAUUUUGCUGUCGUAUACAAGCCUUCAAAAGAUGAUGCAUAUACCUUCUUCUAUAUGAUUAUGUUUGACUUUGACUUCGGAGAUGGAAGAGCGAACCAGGAAUUGACAGAAAAUGACCACAUGUGCUAUGCUCAAACAUCCUAUAUAUUUCCAAUCAUCGGUCAGCACAGUGUAACUGUCUAUGUCUACAACAAAGUGUCCGAGUAUUCAGAAACCAUCCAAGUUGGGGUGUACCCAGAUUUGAGGCCAAUUACGGUAGAGACAGUCCAGCCUGCAGUGGUAGGGAUGCCAAUCAGAUUCAUCGCCCUUAACAAUGGUAAAACCAUGGAAACGGGAGCUGUAUAUUUUACGUGGAUGUUGGGCAAUGGGGAAGUGAGGAACACCACAUCACCUCUAGCGGAAACUGUGUUUGAGCGGGAAGGAACUUACACCGUAUAUGUUGAGGCUACCAACCCAGUUUCACAUAUUGAGCGUCAGGUGACAGUAGUGGUCAAGGCCAGCUUGGAGGACAACUUUUACCUUGACCAUGACCUUUUUGCGACCCCAGGUGAACAUGUCACCUUUGACCUUCAGUCUGGCAUUCAGGUGGACAGGGCUGGUUGGUCCAAGUUGCUUGUCAGAUACGGUGAUGGCACGCUGGAUCACUUCGACAAGGAACAAACUGCGUGGCAGCAUCAGUUCACCACUGCUGGUAUCCAGCAUGUCAGUGUCACAGUGCUGGAUGGGCAGGGAGUCAGCCUGAAGGAAGUUACAUCUCAUCUCAGUGUGCAAACACCAAUAGCAGACAUUGCGCUAUCAGGAACAGAGACUGUUAUUUACACAUGGAGUGAAUAUGGCCAGUAUGGACAAUGGCGUGCUAAUCUGGACUCUGGGACAGGGGUUUUAUACCAGUGGUCGUUUGGAAAUACAGAGCUACUGGCCCCCACUGACUUGUUUGAAAUAAAGCUGCCAAAACCUGGGGAGUAUGUUCUUCAAGUUUCUGCAUUCAAUGAUGUUACCCAUAAAACCCACACUGCUAGCCUCAAUGUCAAAAUUGUUAAUGCCUCACAUGAAAACACCAUUCACCAUGUUGGACUAAGCCUGCUGGGAGGUCUAGUUGGGGAAGAAACCUAUUUUAAGCUGAAUAUCACUGGAAGACAUUUCUCACAGAUUGACCUUGUCUUCGGUGAUGGCACAAAAAUGUCCUUGACUUCCCACAGUUCUAGUGUCAUGAUAACAAGCCUUAGAGAUGACCUUCAUAUUGUGUACCUUAAACACAGAUAUCUAUCAGCUGGGUUGUACGAUGUCAAAGCCAAUGUUUCAAAUAGCAUUUCCAGCUUUGAAGCUACCACUAAAUUCAGCCCAAUCGUUAAUGUGACAUUGACCUCCAAAUCUCGAACGUUGAUACAGACCCCUGGGCAUGUGGUUGCCAUAGCGUAUGUUGAAGGCGGGGAGAAUGUGAACUUUGUCUGGAACUUUUCUGAUGGAUUCGGAGAGACUCUGAUAAGAAGGUUUGACAAUAACACAGUUGUUGCCAAGCAUCCAUAUGGCUUAUCUGGGGAGUAUGAGGUAUCGGUUAAUGUGACAGGAAAACACUAUCCUGCCCCGGGCAUCUCCCGUAAACUGCCCAGAAAGUUUAUAGUGCAAGAUGCCAUUGACAUGGUAAAACUCUAUGCCAACCAGAAUGCCUCGGCCUGGAUGGGCAAUACCUCUGAACCUGUCACCUUCAGUGCAAAGUCAUCUGGUUCUCAUGUGUGGUUCAUGUUUGACUUUGGGGAUGGACAUCAGGAGACAGUCCCUGGACUGCUGGCCUCCCAUAUGAAUGUAGAUGUGACCAUGUUUGCUGACACCAGCCACACUUUCACUGGCAUCGGAGAGUACAACGUAAGCGUGACAGCAUACAACUGUAUUGGAAAAAAGAUGGUUCAUCUAGCGAAGACAUUUUGGGUUCAGACUCCACCUUCUGACCUCCACUUUUGUGCAGGUCAGGUGUCCUCAGUCAAGGUUGGGGAGGUGAUGACACUGUGUGCCAAUGUAACAUCUGGAACAGAUGUGAUCUAUGACUGGAAACUAGGCGACCAGUCAGACUUGGUAAAAGCAGGUCCAUGGAUUAGCCACGUUUACAUGACAUCAGGAACCAGGAAGGUCUCUGUGACCGCCAGGAACCAUGUGAAGAAACUUGUGCAAUCCAUCAACAUCCUGGUCAACUAUCACAUACAAGGUGUGGAGUUACAAGUGAACAGUACCAUUGUGGCUGCUGGGGAGCAGAUGCCAUACACUGCCAUUGUGAGGCCUUCCUACCCUAACUCCCCUUUGUAUUACAAAUGGAGGUUCAAGUCCUCUAUUGUGAAUAGAAAUCAAUGGAAUGGAGAAUUCAAGUCAAUCUCAAACUAUAUGAGAUAUGCUUUCCCCUACAUUGGCAGGUGUGUAGUGAGUGUGACAGCCUUCAACGCUAUUAGUAACGCCUCUGCCUCCAUUGACGUCUAUGUGGUGGCCAGAAUCAGUAAACUUGAAGUUGUAUUGCUUAGCAACGUCACUGAGAGAGUAAUCAAUCGACAAAUCAGAUUUAAGCCCUUUGCUUAUGGCUCAAACAUGACUUUGACUUGGAACUUUGGAGAUGGCUCAGGAGAACUGGUUACAAAUAAAACAGAAGUCAAUCAUUCCUUUGCAAGUGAGAGUGUAUACAACAUCACUGUGCUGGCCAAGAACUCACUGGGCUCCCAGAUAGCCCAUAAACUGCUGUUUGUACUGGACAAGCCCUACUGUGAUGAACCCAAAAUUGUCAUUAUCAGUAAACCUUACACCAAGAGGUUAUAUUCCCAGCCUUUUACCAUAGAAGCAGAUGUGAAGUCAAACUGUAACCUAACUUCCACCAUGGCUUACAAUUGGUCAAUUGAUGAUCAUGUAACAAGAAAUAAGAGCAGGGUGCUGGUUCUGCCUCCUGGCAGACUCUCCCUUGGAAACCACACUGUUAGCUUUAGGGUGGACAUGGUUGGUACUUUAGUGUAUUCCAGUGUUAUGACUGUGGUCAGUAUUUCCCCCAGUCCCCUUGUGGCUAAGAUAUCUGGGGGUUUACUGCGGUGGUUCAAGAUCCGAGAUGUUGUAACUGUGGAUGGGUCACAAUCAUUCGAUCCAGAUGACAAACACAGUCAGAAUUUUAGUUGCUCUUGGACCUGCCAGUACCUCUCAGAAGAUGGAAGCUAUGGAGAUGGCUGUUUCCAUAGCAACAAAGAGAAUACUAGUGCCUGUAACAUUACCAUGAACACAUCAAUCCUGGAGUUUCCAUCAGAGUGCCUAGUGCCUGCCAAUAAUUAUACAUUCGAGCUGACUGUGCACCAGCAGGGGAGGGAGAAUGGCACAGCUUUCCAGACAAUAACUGUUGUUAAAAGCGGUCUACAUUUCCUAGAUGUGUCCAUAGUGCAGCCAGACAACUGCCUCAACCCCGUGAACCCGGACAGGAAAACCUCAUUUUCUGUGGUUUGCCAGAACUGUCCCCAUACUGGGGUUCACUACUCAUGGUUCCUGCGACAUGUUGCAAACUAUAACAUACACAGCUAUGCUAGGGUUCAUGAUAUGGGGUGUGUCGACAAGGAUGGUAUGGCAUACCAGCUGGUUCAGGAGGAAGCUGAGGCUGAAAAGAGGAGGAAAGAAGCAGCAGAGACUAUCAAGAUAACAACCACUAGUCCUGUACAGACAGACAUGCCAUUAGAGCAAGUGACUCGGGCCCCAUCCCUGUAUGACAUGAUGAAGAUAGAGGAGGCCCCUUCUGACAGUGUCACCAAGCGCGGUCGACCACCCUUUGGCUAUGUUAAUAUCCUGGAAGAAAAGACCUCUGGCAGCAUGCGGGGAAACUUCCGUGAUAUUGAUUUCGGGGAGGGUAAGGAUGUAAAUGGAGCUCGAGGCUUGCCUGUGUACAGCCAAUCAGAUCUUUUUGAUGGGGAGGGGAUGCCAGGAGAGAGCGGCAGUGCCGGCGGGAGGAAGUACCACAACACAUAUCCAGACAUUGGGAGGGAGCAGGCCGGAACCCACAGGGGUGGGGUGGGAAGAUAUACAGACACAGAGGAUGAUGUGGGGUCUGGUGGAAGUACAGAUAGUCUGGACAAGCUUGUGGGUUCAAGGAAGGACAUCCGCAGGAGACUGACCAUCCUGGAUAAGCCACUGACCACAAGGCUGUACUUGCCCCCAGGGAGAACAAGGACUGGACUCCAUAGCGAGUCCCUCGUCAUCAAACCUGGCUUCCUCAGACAGGGUCUCACAUAUAUAAUAGGGGUCAAAGUCACUGCUGAUGAUGGUUCUCUAGAAGGUGAGGCAUUGCUGAAUUUUGAUGUGAAUGAGAGUCCAGUGUACGGUAACUGUCGAAUACGACCAGAGAAUGGUACUGCCCUCGACACAUCCUUCACUGUUCACUGCUACUCUUGGAGAGAUCAGCAUGAGCCCCUGAUGUAUGAGGUGAGCUACUCACUGGGGGAGAGGGAGCCCCGACAGCUCAUAUACCGCGGUGUGAACCACCAGGUUCACUUCCAACUACCUCCAGGAAAACCAGAGCUCCACUUUACAGUUAACGUUUAUAUUGACAUCUUGGAUGCCCUGCUUGCGAAGACAUCAGUUUGCCUCACUGAAGUAAAGGUUGUGCCAAAAUCGGAGAUGCUGUUGGACACGCUUCAAGGAUGGACUGACACCUUGCCAGAACUCACACUGUUGACCGAAGCACAGCUCAUAUAUGAGGAAGUGACCUCACCAGAAAGAGGUUUACAGACAUCAUUGAAACAUGGAGAUGAUGCUGUAUCCAAGGUGUACAUUGGUUACCUGGCAACCUGGAUCAACAUUCUGGUCUUUCCCUCCAUGAACACUUCAGUAGACAAGAACAGUGACACUGUGGACAGUGACAUUUCCUCUACAGCAGCUUAUGUUCUUGAAGACAGAAAUAUAACGUUUUCUCAGAACUCCAUAUUAUCUGAUGAUGCUUAUGUCAUUGAGGAAGAUAAUUCCAAAGAGGCCCUCCAUGCUUUAGAGAGAGCAUACAGGCUGGUUGAAGACUUGCGGACACAACUGCUGACUAUUCUGGAAACACUUCCAGUCAGAGAUGAGGCUGAAGUAAUGCAGACUGCCCAGGCCUUAGACCUGGUGACGGCCAAGCCAGAACAGUUGACCUUGUCAGCAUUGGACAAAUGUCUGUUUGUGUUACGCCUGGUAACUGAUGGGGCUCGCAAUGUGUACAGUCAUGACCUUGUGCCCACUGGCGACCUCCUAUCACAUAUCUCUGGCUGUGUGGCUAAUGUUGUCUUGGUAGCCAACAUGAGGCAGGAUUCUGGGGAUGAGAGACUUGAUCGUGUAUACAGCAGGAUGGUGGCAGAUUUUCUGUACCUGGGACAGGAUAUUGUUUGGACGGAAAUGCGUUACCAAGCUGUGUCGGAGACUCCCCUCGUUUCCACGUCAGACCAUUACUCUAUAAUGGCAACCCGUCACUCGUCCUGGAACACUUCCAAGAUACACCUUUCCCUCGCUCAGGCAUCCUUUGAGCUACCUGCAGACCUUAGCACUGUCAUUGAAAGUAGUCUCCCCAUGGAGCACUGGAGGGGUAUGAAGACACCAGCCAAAGGGCCUAACAAUCACAGAUGUUUCCAGAGCCACAUGACUGCUCUUCAGAGUAACCCAUACAUAAGCGAGGAUAAUACACAGAUCAGCACAUUGGUGAUUGGCCUGGAGUUGUAUGAUUGUGAGGGUAAGCCAGUGAACGUGUCCCAUCUACCCCCGGAGAGUCCCAUCCACAUCCAGCUGCCUAUACGUCCACAGCAGGUUCCAGAGUUUCACAACUUGACCUUGAAGAAAUGGGAGAUGAAUGUUCACCAGUUCAAUGUCACCUUGACCCACUUGAAGCACGCCCUUCACAUUGUCGUGGAGCUGAAACCAUGGCAACAGGGGAGGCCAUUCCAGCUCUCUGUUCUCAUCAGUUUUCUGAAACCACCAUCACCUAGCAACUAUAAAUUCAAGUAUGACCUUGGCAUUGAUGAGAAUGUCCUUGACAUUUUUUUGCCACCUGGGUCAUUGAAUGACACAGGAUUGUAUUACAUUGGCCUGGUUGACUCAACCUUCAACACAGGACGGCAACGACCACUGGAGGUGACACACAGAAACUACUCACUCAAACUGUGGUGGGGGCAGUGCCUCUACUGGAACAGCCACAAAGAGCUGUGGCUACCAGAUGGCUGUUUCAUCACACCUUCCUCCUCCCUUGAGGUAACAGAGUGUAGCUGUAACCAGUCGACAAUGUUUGGAGCCAGUCUGCAACUCACGCCCAACAAGCUCUCCUUCACCGACAUAGAGGGCUUCUUCAGUCCCAAUGAAAACCCAGUUGCCCUGACUCUGCUAGGCAUAGUUGUGUUGCUAUAUGUCCUGCUACUGUUCUGUUGUUACCAUGGUGACCUGCAUGACAACAGGAAGGGAGGCAUUGUAUAUCUCCUAGACAACACACCCCUUGACCAGCAGAAAUAUGAAAUCACCAUGGAAACUGGGUUUUGGAGAAAUGCAGGAACAACUUCAAAGAUCAGCAUUAUUCUGCAUGGGGAGGAGGGCAUGUCGGAAACACGGGAGUUGAUCAGUGAAGAUGAUCGGCCCAUGUUUGAACGGAACUCGAGAGACAAGUUCAUUCUCACGCUGCCAGACAGUAUAGGGCGUAUCUGGAAGGUACAGGUCUGGCAUAACAACUUUGGCCCCUCCCCAAGCUGGUAUCUCUCCAGGGUCAUCGUCAGGGACCUUAUUACAGGGGUCCAGUAUAUGUUCCUGUGUGAGAAGUGGCUGGCUGUGGAGGAACAGGAUGGCAAGGUAGAGCGAGAAUUCAUGGUCCUGGAUGGAACACUCGACUUUACCAAGGCAUACAUGACAAAGGCUGUGGAGUACAUGGCGGAUUUCCACAUCUGGCUGUCCAUACUGACAUGUCCACCAAACAGCGGCUUUAUGAGAUGUGAGCGUCUUACAGUCUGUCUCACCAUGAUCUUGGCGUACAUGUGUCUAAAUGCCAUGUGGUACAGGACUGCUGUCACAGAGUAUCGGGGAGAGUUUGGUCUGCUGGACUUGUCAUCAAGAAAUGUGUCAGUGGGUGCCAUUUGUUGUGCAGUGGUUAUCCCCCUUGGUAGAUUUAUUGAAUUCCUGUUUAGGCGUAGCAAGCCAAAGCAUGCAUCUUGCUCCCAGUCAAGCCCUGACACAGUGGCAGAGUGGGAGCCAGAGUUUCCCAGUGGGAAACCCAAUGAGGCAGACAGUGUGGACUCUUCAGAACAGAUUCAGCCAAUCAUGACAUACUCCCUGCUGGAUCAAUCUAUUCUCAACUGGCCGAACAUUCAGACUUGGGCACAGAAACAGUGGAGGAAACGUCAGCAAACCCACACCAGGGGGAACCAGCCCUUUUUGUCAGAUCUUGGCAACAGUGGCGGGGGCAGUGAGGUAUUAGGCCACAGUAACCAUUGCAAUUUGGGGUUGAGCCCGCCCCACCAUGAUAUCCCAGGGGUCAACCCCAUGGACCUGGCUGCUCUGCAGAGAUACGGUCUGUCAGAGAUGGACCAGGCCUCGAGUGGGUUUGAAGACUGCAGCAGUCUGAUUCGCCCGAAGGCAUCCAUGGAUAGCACCCACACAACGGCUGCCCCGUCCGUCAAUGAGAGCACUCGGGUACACAAACCUCAGUCCAUAUCUGACAGUCUUGCUGUGUCGACUAAACUCCCAUCUGAAGCGGGAACAGUAAAGACCAGCAAGGCCCCAUCCAUAUCUAGCACAGCUAGUAAUAAAUCGAUUGUACAUGAGAGAAGGAGGUGGCUUAUGUUCGGGCGUCUAUACCUGCCCUACUGGUGUCGAUACAUCGCUUGGGCCCUGUGUGCUGCUGUGUGUGUAGCAUGUGCCACAGUUACCAUCAUGUAUGGAUACAGGUUUGGCACCACCAUGAGCAUGCUGUGGCUCCAGUCCCUGUACUUCAGUCUCAUGAUCUGUGUCUUCAUCGCCAAUCCCAUACUGAUCCUGCUGGCCGUGAUCAGCACGGCCCUGGAAUACAAGCGAGACCCAAAUUACAUAGAUAACCAUGGUUAUGACAUCUUCAACAGGGAGAAGGCCCAGGCAGACUUGAAACAGUGGAAACAACAACUGGACUUCUGGGACAAAGGGGAUGCGCUAGAGAGGGGUGUUGCAGCCAGACAGAGGUCACGUUACCUGAGGUUCACGAGGCCCCCACAGGAGAAGCAGCUCAUUGAGGCCCGUAAAAGGGUUAUGAAGGAAAAACGUGCUGUCACAAUGUUUAAAGAGAUUGUAUCCAUCAUCCUGACCCUCAGCCUUCUACUUGUUAUGGCAUAUGGCAAGGAUACAACCCCGAGUUACCGUCUCAACCUUGCCGUCAAGAACCAGUUUACUCAAGGAGAUGACUUGACAUUCGACAGAAUUACCUCUCCUGAUGACUGGUACCACUGGGCUCAGACUGGUCUACUUGAUGUGGUUGAGAAACUCCCAAAAUUACCAAGAUUGUAUGCUAUGGUUAACAGUACAUCUUCACUUAACACCUACUUGAUCGGGGACAUUAUUCUCCGACAGCAAAGGACUGUUGAGAUCCCCUGCCCUAUCUCUCUCCCCUAUGUACACUCAAGUUGCCUUGGUAACAGUGCUACAGUGGAUACAGGUUUCCAUGGGAACAUUACAGGCUUGGGCUACCGUGAGAGAGAUGUUGGUAACGUGAUACUGGGGAGAGAUGGGAUGUAUGACGGCAGUGGAUUUGUACUGCAGCUUAGUCAGACCAGGUGGGCAGCAUCAAGCCAGAUACAAGAGUUGAUGCAGACUGGCUGGCUGGACAGACGGACGAAGGCUGUGUUUGUUGAGGCUACCUUGUAUAACCCGCCAACCAACCUGUUCACAUCUGUCCGUCUUCUAACAGAGAUGUCCCCUACUGGAGGAGUUAGUUCCCUUGUCAAGGUCACUUCUACUCAGCUGUUUAGAUAUGUCACUACCUGGGAUAAUGUGCUGUUGGCUUGUGAACUGCUGUUCUUUGUGAUAAUGCCGCUGUCCAUAAAGACGCUGGUGCUGGGGAUAAUACAGGAUGGCCGAGAUUUCCUCUUCAAUCUCUGGAAUGUUCUCAGUUUGGUGAUAAGUAUUGUGUCUGCUGCCUUCUGCGGCUGUUUCAUCUACCGGUUUGCCAUCAUUGCUGACAUUGUGGAGCAAUUCAGGAGCACAUACUAUGAAAAACAUGUCAACGUCGUCUUUGUCACAUUAUGGGAUGAGAUACUCCGGAGCAUGGUGGGAGUGUUGCUGUUUGUUACCAUGGUGAGAGGUUUGAGGGCGCUGAGAUUUCACCCACAGUUUGCCAGGUUUGGGGACGUAUAUAGGAAGGCUCGCAGGGAGAUGAUCAUACUCUUUGCUUUAUUCUCCAUCCUACUGUUGGCUUUCUCUAGCCUGGGCCAUCUGGUGUUUGGGGCCAUGACCAUGACCUUUCGUGACCUCUGGACCAGCCUGUUUGGAGUUGUGACUCUCAUGUCAGGGAGGAAUGUAAAAUGGGGAGCAGUCAACAGGGAGCAGUCAACAGGAGCUAGCCUCUUUGUCUUUAUAGUCUGUGUGUUUGGCAUGGGGAUUCUCUUGUCAUAUGCCCUGGCUGUGCUAAGCCACUAUUUGCGAUCCCACCGUCGUCGCCGCCUAUUGUCAUUGGGUGCUCUGGGGACUUUGAGGUUCUACUGGGAGCAGUUCCAGCUGUGGACCGGCCUGAAACACUUACCUGUGGAGGAGGAGCCCCCUGUCAUCUUACCCCCUGAGUUUACAAUGGCUGAGAUUGAGUAUCAGGUGGAUGAGCUGUUGUUCCGCAUGAAUGCACUCACCGGGUCACAUGGCCUGCCAGAGAAACCACCUUGCUACCUGACAGAUUCUGACUGUACUUACGGCGGAGGAGAUGAUGGUAUAUCUAGUGGCGGAUCAGAGGGAGGUGUGUUUAUGGAGGACCGGCUGGGUCAACGUGUACAGAAGAUAGAGGACAACCUCUGUUCCCAGGAGCCUUUCCUUGCUCAGCUGUUGAAACUAGACAACGUACAUGACAACAACAUGUCACAUGAAAAAGAGAAACAACUUAGGAGUCACCUGGAGUUGGAGAUAUUCCGUCAGCUGCAGAUACAGAGACAGGACCUCCAGCCUGGGGAUCAGAGAAAAGCUGACAAGAGGAACAACUUGAACCAGAGAAAAACUGGAAAGGGAGAUAAUGAUGAAGCUGACUCAGGAAACCCCAAGGCAGUGACAAAGACACCAAAUAGUCCUGGGCAAGAUUCAACAUCUUCAGAGGAAGCAGCCAAGAGCAAGAGUCCAGCCCUGAAACCCUUGAAACCUAGAAGAACCCGGUCAAACCUGACAGUGAAGACUAUCCAAGACAUCCUGGGAGGUGUCUUACCUCAAGACACUAAAGACACACAUACACAGGACAACUCUAGUUCUAAUCCUGACUCACCAAGAGACAAACUUGGUUUCUCUAAGUUACUGAAACCUUCAAGAGCUACCAAACAAGAACAAAGCAAAAGAAACAAUUCAACGUCUAGUUCUGAGAAAAUAUCUGACUCUUCAAAUUAUUCAAAUGAGCAAGAAUUUAUAAAGAAACCUACAAAACCAACGUUUCUACAUUCUAGAGAAUCAUCUUUAUCUGAUGGUCUGAGGGGAGGUCCUAGCCUGAAAAUACUUUCUCUGGGGACUGAGAAAACACUUAGAUGUGAUGGAGCUUACUUGACCUUACCUGACACAAGCUCUGGAUCGGAGCAGGAUGGAAUGCAGAGUGGGAAAAAACCUCCUCCUCCCAAACAUAGUCUUAGGAAGACAAAGUCUAGAGGCAAAGGGAAGGGACCGGAUAGUCUAGAACCAGCCCUCAUCUUGGAUGAGCUAGAUUGUGAAGAUGUGAACAUGGAAUAUGACAAUACAACUGUUACUGAGGCAGCUGAAGAGCCAAGUUACAAUGCAAAUGUAGACAGUGAGCUUAGAGACUCGAAAACGCCUGGUUAUCUGGAGCAGGUUGUGACUGCAGAUGUUCACCACAUCUUCCAAUGAAGUGUUAGUGGGUUUCACCAAAAAACUUUGUCAUUAACAAAGAAAAAUGCUGCCUAAUAAGAGCAUUUGAGGCCAGAUUAUAUGUUUUUGUUUUAGUAGAGAUUUUAGUUAUGAAUACUUGCUUAUCAAGUGAAAAAGACAUUGAAAUGUAAUGUUAAACAUUGGUAAAGUUAUAAUAUUAUUCUUAAAUGACCAGCAUUUUAUCAUGAAAUAAGGAAGGAGGAAAAUAUUUUCAUUACAAAAUUGUAAGAUAAGUUUUGAAUAUUCCACUAUACCGUCAAUUCACAAGUGGUAAACUUUUAUAUCAGGUUUGUGAUGAAGAAUAAUGUUUAUUCAUCAAUAAGUCCUUGUUACUUUACAUAUAUGGAGAUGUAAAACAAUGCUUAAAGAAUUGGAAUAAGAAUAAAUCUGCAUUUAGCUGA